AUGGUGGAAAGUGAGGCGCAUUCAUCCCCUUCAAUCGCCCGUUCACGACCGUUAGGGGCCGGGAGGCCACCACGACCGCCCCCACCACCGCAAAGACCAGAGAAACCUACACAUCAUGAACUGGAUCUCGACGCUGCGAAGAGAUGGAUCUACCCCCUCAACAUGACCGUGAGAGAUUACCAGUUCAACAUCGUCCAAAAAGCACUCUUCCACAACGUCCUCUGUGCACUCCCUACAGGUCUCGGAAAGACACUCAUCGCAAGUGUGGUCAUGCGGAACUGGUAUGACUGGGCGCCGAAAUCGAAAGUGAUCUUCAUGGCGCCGACAAAGCCGUUGAUUGCACAACAGCUGGAUGCAUGCUACAAAAUUUGCGGAAUUCCCAAGAGCCAGACGGCGUUAAUGACGGGACAUACAAGUGUCGCGAAUCGCGCCGAGGCAUACAGAACGAAACGGAUGUUUUUUUGUACCCCGCAGACGGUGGAGAAUGACAUUAGAAACGGAUACCUAGACGUAAAGGACAUUGUAUGUAUCGUCGUUGACGAGGCGCAUCGUGCAACAGGGAAUUAUGCCUACGCGAAUGUUGUGAGACUAUUGGAGGGACGGGGUGGGAUGAGUCGGAUAUUGGCGUUGACUGCGACACCGGGGAGUACGGUUGAGGCUGUACAGCAGGUUAUCGACAACCUCCAUGUCUCGCGGAUCGAGAUCAGGUCGGAGGAUUCGCUUGAUAUUCGGCAGUAUGUGUUCAAGAAAACGAUCGAUAAGGUCGUUGUGCCGUUAUCGGAUGAGAUCAUUGAGUUGAGGGAUCUGUACGCUAAGGUAUUGGAUGUCUUCUUGAAGAAGCUGAAUGGAGCGAACGCGUUUGGCCUUCGAGAUGCUACUGCUCUUGUACCGUUCAGUGUGAUGAAAGCAAAGGAGGCAUGGAUGCGUACACCAGCAGCGCAGCAAAACCCAGGAAUGCGGAAUGCAUAUAUGUCGAUCUUUACACUCCUCGCCUCCCUUGCACAUCCGAUGAUGCUUCUCCAACAGCACGGUAUACGACCCUUCUACACCCACCUGAACGAGAUCCAAAACGAGACUGAAGGACGGGGUAAGAAAGCUGGAAAGCUGAAGUCAGAGUUGAUCGGUAAUGAGGAUUUCCGGACAUUGAUGAGGAGGGUCAGGGAGAUGAUUGGUGAGCCUACAUACACUGGACAUCCCAAGAUGGAUAGGAUGUCUGGACUUCUGCUGGAGCAUUUCAUGAGGGCGAAGGAUGAGGGGAGGCAGACGAGGUGUAUCGUGUUCACAAACUACCGUGAGUCAGCUGAUGAUAUCCUACAAACAUUGUCGAAACACAAGCCUUUGGUCUUACCGACGAUGUUCCACGGACAAGCGAGCGCAAAGGAUCAAGCUGGAAUGACGCAGAAGGAGCAAAUCGACAUUGUGGAUAAGUUCCUGAAGGGCGACUUCAAUACGCUUGUCGCAACAAGUAUCGGUGAGGAGGGGUUGGAUAUCGGUGAUGUCGAUUUGAUCGUUUGCUACGACUCGUCAGCUUCCCCUAUUCGAAUGCUCCAACGCCAAGGCCGCACAGGCCGAAAACGCGAAGGUCGCGCCGUCGUCCUCGUCACCGAAGGCAAAGAAGACUCAAACUACGGCAAAGCCCUCGACAACUACAAAACCAUGCAACGCAAAAUCGAACAAGGCAACGACUUUAUUCUACAGGACGAGAAGAGUUUCCGGAUGUUGCCGAGGGAUGUCCAGCCCGUGUGUGAGAAAGUUACGUUUGCAGCGCCGGAGGAGCCGGAAGAACCAAAAACGAAGGGGAAGAAGGGAAGGGAACCAAAGUUGAAGAGGCCGCCGAAGAAGUUUUAUAUGCCGGACGGGGUGGAAUUGGGAUUCCAGACUGUGAGU